UAAAUGUGUGUGUAAGAGCGGAAGCGUAUGGGGGUGGGGUUGUGGGGGUUCCCCCGAUGAUGGUGUGCUGUCCAGCACCCACCGUGGCCUGAAGUCAUCCCUGGAAGCUUUCAGUACAGCGCCAGACUCUUAACAGUACGAACGUGAAGGGUCAAGUAGCUCAACACCUUGUGAACUGACAUUCUUGAACUGACAUUCGUAUAUAUUACAUACUCGUGCAAGAGUGUUGAAGCGGCUCAGUGUAGUGGCUCGUCGUAACCUUGUCUAUUGCUAGACUCGCCUGAGAUUUACACCAGUUUUGUAAUUAUCAAAGCUGUUUAAUAGAGUUGAAUGAUGGCAACUUUAGUGCGUCGAUGGGCACUGGACUCCCAGCUUUUAGUGGCGAUCCAGAAUAAUGAUGUAAACCGCGCCCACAAACUCUUUCAAGCUGGAGUGGACACUGACAUACGUUUCUCAAUUAACUCUCAGCAAAGGCCAGCACUCUGCCUUUGUGUUGAAAACAAUGCGCUUGACAUGGUGGAGCUUCUGGUGAAGUUGGGUGUAAGCAUUAACCAAGGAGAUUCUGGAGGUCUAACACCACUGCACAUAGCAUGUACACACAGUUAUCCUCAUUUGGCAGGCCUCCUUAUCAAAGCUCGGGCCAAUGUCAAUGUUCGCACUCAUGAAGGACGGACUCCACUCCAUUUUGCUGCUGUGAGAGGCAAUCAAGAUUUGGUGAAGCUUUUAUUAUCCCACGGAGCAGUUGUAGAUGUCAUUGAUGGAGAUGGGUGUACUCCACUCAUCCGUGCUGCUGCAUCAGCAAAUUCACAUAUUGUAGAAAUUCUACUCGAUGCCCAUGCAAGCCCUGAAACUAUUGAUAAUUGGGGCAAUACAGCACUACACUAUGCUGUUGGUGUUAAUGGUGUGAAAGCCUCAACUGUGAGAAUAUUGGCAAUAGCUCAUCCACCUGCUGCUUGCAUUACAAAUUCUGGCAUGGAAACACCACUUCAUAUUGCCGUGCGAAGUGGUAGACAGGAUGCAGAGAGAAUCCUUGCGGCAGUAGUAGAAGUAGGAACAAAAAGUGCCUUGAACACUAAGGGUUCUUUAGGUCAUACACCUUUACACAUGGCCGUUUUAGAGCACCGUCUGAAUCUUUUGCGUCUCCUCCUUACUGCAGGGGCCGACACUAACACAGAGGAUCAUCUUGGGCAUACACCACUGGUAUCAGCAUCAAGAGAUGCUUCUUGGGGUGCAGUAGCUCUGCUUUUGGCAGCUGGAGCACGUACUAAGCGACUGAUUCAAGGGGGGGACAUAGAAAAUGAAAUACAAGACUCUGGGAUUCGUGCACUUCUUGAAGAAGCCACAAGACAACCUCCACACCUCUCUAGUUUAUGCCGGCGAGCUCUGACUUGCUAUCUGGGACCUAGUGCACUUCAUGCAAUUUCAAGAGCUACUCUGCCCUCAGUGUGGCGAGAUUUCCUCACUUUUCAGUCAGUAAACCUGUAGUUAUUUUUAAACAAUUUGCUCUUGUUAUUAACAUGGUAAGGAGUUACCUUAUUUAAGCAGACCUUGCUCUGAAGGUUAACUUAAGUAUGACUCAAUACAGUGGAGCUUCAGUACUCAAACUUAAUUGGUUCCAGAAGGCAAUUCGAGUGCUGAUCUGUUUGAGUACCAAUAAUUUUUUCCCGUAAGAAAUACAGUCCUGUAAAUUGGAUUAAUCCAUUCCAGACUACAAACAGUACACAUUGAAUACAAUAAAUAAAUGAAAGAAAUGCAAA